GUCUUCGAUAUUACAAAUGGAAACUGUUGCAAGAGCGUGCUGUGAGUUCAUGAAAAAUCAUUUACAUCCAUCUAAUGUGCUCGGUGUGCGUAAUUUUGCAGAGCUGCAUGGCAGAUCGGCUCUGGUAAAAGCGGCUGACAAGUAUACGUAUGACAAUUUCAUCGAAGUGACUGAAUGUGACGAGUAUUUGCAUAUUAGUGCACGCCAUCUUGGAUUGUUACUGACAUCGUCGGAUCUGAAGGUAACCAAUGAAGAAGAAGUUUACAAUGCAUCUAUUAAGUGGGUUUCGUAUAUCCCGGAAAAGAGACAAAAGCAUUUACCUGAUUUGAUGUCUAAAAUACGUCUACCGAUGUUAUCACCAGAAUUUCUGAUGAAUGUCGUAGAGAAAGAAGACAUGAUAAAAAAGAACCACACUUGUAGAGACUACGUGGAUGAAGCCAAGAAUUAUCAUUUGUCUGUUGCUUCUGUUCAUCCAAAGACAACCCCACAACAUAGAUUCUCGUUAAGAAGUAAACCAAGGAAAAGCACUGCAGGUGUUUUGUUCACUGUUGGUGGGCGUGGUAAUUUGGGAGAUCCUUUUAGAAGUAUUGAAUGUUAUGAUUUGAGAGAAGAUAAAUGGUUCCACAUCACAGAGAUGAGUAGUCGCAGAAGACAUGUUGGAUGCACAUCUGUUAAUGGUAAGGUGUAUGCUGUUGGUGGUCAUGAUGGGCGUGAACACUUGAAUACCAUGGAAAUGUUUGAUCCAGUCAAGAAUAUAUGGACUAUAUUAUCACCUAUGAAAACAUACAGACGAGGCUGUGCAGUGACGCAUUUGAAUGGCCCAAUCUAUGCUAUCGGUGGCUUGGAUGAAGGUGGUUGCUAUAGUGACGUGGAGCGCUAUGAUGUUACCUCAGAUGAGUGGGAUUUUGUGGCCCCUAUGAAUUGUCCGCGUGGAGGUGUCGGUGUAGUGCCGCUUCUGAAUUGUAUUUUUGCAAUUGGUGGUAAUGAUGGUGCUACGUCUUUGAAUACAUGUGAGAAGUAUGAUCCGCACAUCAAUAAAUGGAUAGAGGUUGCUAAGAUGACAACAAGGAGAGCCGGUGCUGGUAUGGCUACUAUGAAUGGACUCAUUUAUGCUGUUGGUGGAUUUGAUGAUAAUUCACCGCUAGACACGGUGGAAUGUUACGACCCACAGUCUAACACCUGGAGUUCUGUUCCAAGGAUGGCCAGUGCACGUGGUGGUGUUGGUGUGACUGCCCUCGGUGGUAAGAUAUAUGCAGUUGGUGGACAUGACGGCUCUUCAUAUUUGAAUUCCGUGGAAUGCUUUGAUCCUGUGUCCAGCAGAUGGGAGACUGUAUCCCCCAUUAGUAUUUGUAGAGCUGGUGCUGGUGUGGUUACGUGUGAAUGCUCUGUCAGUGAACUCAAGAUGAUGGGUCAAGGCAUUAACGUAGUCAGUUGCGUAUAGCGGCUAAACACUUCUGAUGAAAAUGUUUUAGCAAUCUUUUUCACUCUGUAAUUCGGUUGUACACUGUCUGCGUGGAAUUUACACCGAAAACUGAAAUUAACUCUAUUGUUCUGAUCCAUAAUAAAUACCUUGUUGUUCACA